UUUUGUUUCCUACCAUCUUCUCAAAUCACUUGAUUGUAAAAAUUUUUCAGCCCGUCUUCUAUUGGAGUCAAUCAGAAUUUUAAGUGGUGGGGCAAUUAAAUCCGUAACAGAAAUCAGUGAAGUAGUCAUCGGGCGAGUUCCCACAGAAACAGAAGUACGCACAUUAACAUUCUGAUUAUAAAUGGACGGCAAGUGAAAAGAAACUGACGCAACUACAACUGAAUCAUUCAGUACUGAUUUGUUAUCUAAGUACUACAUAAAAAGAGCAAACAAUUUUUGUGCGUAAAAAUGAACUAAAUUUUAAUCGGAAGCGGAAGUAAAUUGAUAUUUAAAACGCAAUAAUAAAUAAUCCAUACGAUUAGCAAGCCAAGUAUGUAAGGCUAGCGCUUGUAAUGCAUUUUCAACACUGGGUUUCAAGAUUAUUUACAAGGAAGCUGAAUGCGAUAAAUACAUAAAUAUACAUACAUAUGAAUGUACAUAAUUACUUGGGGGCACUGUGAGGCCGAUACAAACGACAACUGCUGUCCGCGUCGACGCCCACAAAUCGCGCUGUCAUUUUGUCAAUUGUUCAACUUGUUGCCCACUACAAGCGAUUAAGAAAAUCUUCAAAUUUUAAAAUAAAUCAUUUACGAAAAUUUAGUAUUAUUAAAUAAAAUAACUUCUCUGCAAAUGCUGUAAUAUUGCUGCGGCUUGUUUUGCUAUAUAAGUGCUUGCAUAUGUUGGUUGACGAGCGUGUGACACAGCACCUGCUGUAAUCCACAAAUUGACAGUAGCCCGUAAUAAAACAAGGUCGUCUGUACAAUGCGUACAAUCAACGCUAUAAAAUAUUAAAAAGGAAAGUAUUCCACAGCAAUAAAUCGCGUAUUUGACAACUAAGCGCUUGUGAGAUAGCACACACCACGUCAGUUGCCGCGGGCGUGACGCUGCCUCAAAAUGACCCUUGAUCGACCGUUGUUUCCCAUCGAUCCGUUGUCGACGGCUACUGCUACGGCAGCGUUGUCAUCGUCAUCAACGUCGCUAUCUACAUGGCACAUACUAAGCACCGGCAAACUAACAUCACGCAAUGCAUUUCUCUUGGCUACGCGCGCAUUACGUCUACUACAACUGAAUUGGAAGGUAAUCACUUCCGCUGCAGUGCUGACGCUAUUGGCCAUCAUUUGGUACUAUCCGGCAUUUUUCUUCUUCUUCAUAUUCUUUAUAUAUUCCACGUUUCUGGUGUUAGCAGCUGUGGCCAGCACAGUGUAUGUGCACUACAUUUUUACCAGCACAGAGGCGCCGCCACCGAAACGUGAACCAACUAAUAUUCUUUACAAUGCCACGAAAAGUAACAUUUUCGAUCUGCCCAAUCCCAUUAAGAAUGCCUCAAAUCUACCACUUAUCUUUGGUAAAACCGUGGACUUACAGCUGCAACAGCUUAUUGAAUAUGUGCUGCGUGACUUUAUGACCCAUUGGCUGGGUCAUGUGGUAACUCAACCCAAAUUGAUGAACGAUAUUGUGCGCGAGGACUUUUGGAAUGCCAUACAAAAGUUACACAAUCGUGGGCUGAAAAUCGAUGCCGCCAAAAUUAUAGCUGUGGAUAUGGUGAACCGUGUAACGGUGCAUUUAGAGAAAAUACGCAUAGCAGAAGCAAGAGCCGCUGAAACCGGCAAUCCACCAGUGUUCUCCACAAAUUCCUAUCUAGUGGAUGAGGAUACGGAAUUGAAAUUUCUACGUCGGCUUAGUGAAAUUAUGAUCAUUCUUUUACUGCCACGCGGCUACUCACUACCACCGCUUAAAGUGCUACUUAGCGAGAUACUCUCUUACAAAAUAUUCUUUCCAUUGAUAAAAAUGCUCACCUCACCGGAUUACAUCAAUCAGAAAGUGGUACAAAAUAUCGAAACACGCUUGGCAGCGGCGGCCAUUAGUAAACGUAGUUAUGAGUAUGCAGCAAGUUUUGAAGACUUUUUAAAAAUCAUAAAUAACGCUGGCAAUUUGGAGGAGCUGUCUCUAAUACGCAAAAGCAUUGUAAAUGAUCUGAUGCAUGCGACUACAAUACAAAAUUUGCAACGUGCCAAAGGACUUGAUCCUGACACCGAAGAUCACAGUCUGUCGAAGUCGGAAAUGAAUGCCGCUGUGCGUUUGAAACGCUAUGUACAACAGCUGACGUUUGCCAAAUCGCAGUGUGAGAAGAAUUUAUCCAAGUACGGUUGGAACGGCAAUUAUACGAGCGAUGUGGACUUGUCGCUAAUUGAAGUCUUAAGCACCGCCGUUGGUCGCCGUUAUCUAACCAUCUUCUUGGAACCACUAAAAGCCAGCGCUCUAGUGGGCUUUUACUUGGCCGUAGAGGAAUUGAAACAUUCGCACAAAUCUGCUUGGCAUCAGUUGGGUACGGAAAUCUUCUACACUUACAUACGCGUGCCAAAACCAGAAAUACAAAUUGACAAACAUGAACGCAAACUUAUUGAAACAUUUUUGCUCGGCGACACCGGUCCCGAUAUCUUAUAUGACAUACAAAAGAAUAUUUUGAGAACACUCGAAGAAAAGUAUUACGCCUCAUUUGUGUUGAGUGAACAAUAUCGUCAAUUGCGUGAGGCGUUGAAUGCGGAUGACUUUAAAGAUCCCACCUUAUUGCUGCGCACAAUCAACGGCAGCGAUGCCAGCUCGGACGAGUCAAGCGCUGCGCUUGAGGGCGCCGAUGGUGCCAAUACGACAUUGGAUGUCGCAGCACACACAUCGUAUGCGCGUCGUAAGUUGGAACAGCUGCAGGAGCGUAUUGAUAAGAAGAGUCAGGCGUUGGAUGCGCUGAAAUGUUCGGUGAAGCCUGAGUCGAAAGUGUUGCAGAUAUUGGAGAAGGAGAUGGAGUGGUUGAAGAAUGAGAAACGCCAAACGGAGACACAUCUGAAACGCACGGAUGCGUGGACAGAACAUUUGGGCAAGUGGAAGGCGACGCUACAAAGCGUGGAGAUUUCGGACGAAAAGGAGUCGUUGCAGUUCAUGAUACUCGUGCAUGUUGAUGAAGAUAUCAAUAUGCCGCGUGCAGUUGAAAACAGCAGCAGUUCGGGUAAAACUGGUGGUCUGCAAGCGCGUCCGGGAGCUAUAUCAAGCGGUUGGGUCGUGAUGCGUUCAUUAAAUCAAGUGCAUGAGUUGCAACGCAAACUACGUCACGUAAAUUCGAAUAUUAAAUCACUCGAUCUGCCAACGAACUUCAAGUUUUUCUUUCUGAAAAAUGAUCGUCACGCGCUUGAAAAGGCUAAAGGACAAAUACAAAAGUUUUUGAAUUUCAUACUGGAGGACGAUCAUUUAAAUGGUAGCGAGGCGAUUUACAGUUUUCUCAGUCCCAGUUCGGAACAUCUCAAACAGACGCUGCCCUCGCCGAAGAAGUCGAAAUUCUCAUUAUCCACAUUGUUCAAAAGUGACACCGCGAAAGCCGGUGAAUUAAGCAAAGCGAACGAUCCCUUUUGGGGCUUACAUCGUGAUGACGAGGAUAUUUCGACUUAUCUGGAAGGUGAUCCCAGUGCAGACUCGAAGUUUUUAGCCGACUUGGAUAGCAAAGACUCCAUAGCGGAACCUUUGUAUGCGUUGCUAGGUGAAAUAUUCGAUAUGGGUGGCGUUUUCAAGUGGUUGCGCAAGAGUUUGAUAUCGUUUGUGCAGAUCACCUAUGGCAGAACAAUAAAUAGACAAAUACGCGAGUCCGUGGCAUAUUUGUUCGAGGAAUCGAUGUUGCACUAUUACUUCUCCGCCAUAUUGAAGUCAUUUUGGCCCGGUGGCGUGCUGGCCUCUUCGUACCCUGUACGUUCGGAAGACAUCAAGGAGAUGACACGCAAUGCAGCAAAGGAUUUGCUCAUGGAUCAUAUACCAGAGGUGCUGUGCAAUUUAGUGGGCGCACAAACGGCUAAACACGGUGUGCUGAAGGUCUUUGAGGCCAUGCAAAAUCCCACAUACAACAAGCAGCUAUUCUAUGAGCUGCUGGAAAUACUAAUGAUUGAGUUCUUUCCCGAAAUACGUCAGCUAAAGCUGCCUGGCGCGACGAAGUCCGCAACGUCCGCUGCGGCCACAACUACAAACUACAGUCAUGCUGCUACCACCUUGAUUACAUCAACAACAACAACAGCAGCUGCGGCGGCUGCGGCUGGAAGUGGUAGUGGCAGCGCUAAUAACAACAAUCAACAGCAUGCGACAUACCAACAACCAUCUGAGAAACCACAACCUUUGCAGUUUCAACAACAUCACUUUGCUAGCAACGGUAAAUAGUAAGGAAAAAAACAAAAACAACACAAAUUUAGCACCAAAGUAAUAAAAAAGAAUUUUACAACCGAUAUAUACAAAUAUUACUUACUAUAUAAGGGCAUUAUAUAUACACUAUAUAUAUAUGUGUAUGUAUGUAUAUACUAAGUAACCAUGAAUGGCUUUAAACUUUUAGGUGGUAAUUUUAAGAAAAUGUGAUUAACCAAAGCGCUUUGCUCCUUUUUACUGCAACUACACUCAUUUAUGUUAAAAAAAAACUCCGUUAUGAAAUCUCUUAUAUAUAUACAGAUAUGUUUAUAAAUCAAUGUUUUAUAUAGUGUUAUUAUAAUUAAUUAAUUUCUGUGAAAUAUGACAAUUUUCCAAGCGUAGAUAUUAUUUUUUAUGAUUUCUAACUGUAAAUAUGACGAUUAUGAUUUGAAACAGUCUUAUAUUUAUGCUUUUAAAUUCUUUUUCUUUAAAAAAUUAUUAUUUUUUAUUUAUCAAAUGUAAUAAUAAUAACCAGUAUUAGUUUCGAAAUUUCGAAUUGCAAUAUUGAAAUAUUCAAAAAUAAUAAAUAAUAACAUUCCAAAGGUUAUAUGUAUGUGUAAGUGAAAGUAAAAAUUCAAUAAACACAAAAUACAAUAUUAACUGUAAUUAGUUGUAAUUGCAUACCAACAACAGCAACAAGUAAUCAUUAUAGUAAAUUAUAGCAAAAUGAUAUUAUAUGUAUGAAAUAGUUAAAUUUGUAAGUGAUUUUGUUGGCAGAAAUUUGGUGGGUUUAUGUGAUUUCCAUAAAUGUAUUUUACACACAAAUAAA